AUGCAAAAAAUAGGAUGGGUCUUCCUCUUAAUAUAGCACACCCUUCGUGGUUGCUCGCCAUUAAGUACCCCCUCCCCAUGUAACCCACCCUUUGACGGUCCUGAAAAUUUUAAAUUGUAAAUUAUUAUUAUUUGACAAAUCCCCCUCAGAUAUUUAAACUUGUCAAAUUAAUAUUUAGCAUGCUAAAAUAUUUGGGAUUGUUAGGGGGUGGGUGGCAUUGGGAGGGGAUACUCCAGGCUGAUCCAAAAAGGGGUGUAAGCUAUACUUAUAGCAAUCUUUGUAUAUACACCUUACUAUAUUCCACAGAAUCAAUUGACAGUUCAUAGGGGCUCUGCAAGACUUACGAGAAUGAAGCUUCCUAAAAGUGCUUAUGGCUUUUCGCUUCAAUACCUUGAUAUAUCGAAAUCAAGAGGAGAAGCAACUGUUCCAUUUCUAUUUAUUCAUGGGCAUAGAGGAAGUGUGAAACAAGCAAUUAGCAUGAAUCAAUUUUUCUCAAAUAAAGGACUAAGUAUUGAUAUGUACUCUGUAGAUUUUAAAGAAGGUGCAGUAGGGGUAUCAGAUUCUUUGCUGAGAGAGGAGGCAGAUUUUAUUAAAUUAUCCUUGAUUGAGAUUGCAAAUAUACUAUACGCCCUUCCUAUAGAUGGCGCGCAAUACGCCAUCAUCGGGCCAUGUCGGGAGAGGGGUUCUCCACGAGGAAUAGUUCCACGUUUGGAACCCUCUUUUUCCACGAGCCAAAAAGAGGGUUCCACACGUGGAACCAUUCCUCUUGGAGAACCCUCUCCCGACAUGGCCCGAUGAUGGCGCAUUGCGCGCCAUCUAUAGGAAGGGCGUAUAUAAAGAUUAAGCUCAAGAAAAUAAAGAGACUAUUUUUAAGAUCAUUGCUUGUUUUUAUAAGAUAAAAUUUACAUAAUUUUUUUUUUAUUUGUAUAGCUUAUCUAUUAUAAUAUAAAUAUCCAAACAAAAAAAUUGGCUUAAUUGCUCACUCAAUGGGAGGGAUUGCAGUUAGUCUUGCUCUUUCAUUACCUGAUGCUCCAGUCGACAAAAUUUUAACAUUAAUUUCAUUGAGCACCCCUUUCGAAGUUCACCCAUUAAACCUUUACAUCGACUCUGCACUUAUUUACAAACAAAUUCACGAUUUCUGAAGAGACCCCAAAAACAGCCACAUUUUUGUUCUUUCUGUAUCAGGUGGAGUGAGAGAUACAAUGGUUCCUCCUCAAUUAACAAAUAUUGAAGUUUACAAGCCAACUAAUUCUUUGCACAUAUAUUCAACACAAAUUGAAGGUUUACAUAAAGAAAUGGACCAUUUUGCUACUGUAUGGGCACUUGAAUUUUUUUCAAGACUUACAAAAGUAAUAAAACACAUUAUUAAUAAUAAACCUGAAGAUGUGAAAACUGUAGUAAAAAAUUCAUGGACCAACAGAAUGAGUAGAAUGAUUAAUUACGAGCAGAAAUGGAAAGAAAUUAAUAAAAACAUUACAAUAGAGAGCGAUCCUAUAGAACAGGAUGAUGGAAAGAUAAGGGUAGAAGGCUAUAAGCAUUAUAACCUGCCAAAUAAUAAUGGUGAUGGGCUAUUAAUUGUUGUCUGCUCCGUACCUAUUGUGCUUUAUAAAGAAACUAGGAGUGUUUUGGAAUUGGAAACUGCAAGUCUUGUUUUCGAGGAAGAGUAUUAUUAUAAAAUUAAUGUUAAAGCUGGAGACUCUUAUCUUUAUAUGCCAACUGAUGAUUCAUAUGUGCUUUUUCAAUUUAUUUCAGCAAUUUCAAAUAAUUAUAGUUUCAUGCCUGCAGCUUUAUUUGGUAUCCAUAAUAAAAUUGAAGGAAAAACGACUUUAGCAACCCAUAUACACCCUGGAAAAGAAUUUUCUCAGUCAAGAUAUGCAAUUCGUAUUAAAAUUCAUAGUGGUGGUCAAAUAAAAGGAGCUUUAGCAAGCUGCGCGCAUGAAGAAUUAGUAAAAUUCAACGAGACUGACUUCACUCUUUAUUUUCAUGAGUACUGUGAAAAUGGUCCUGAUAUUUGGAUUUUUGGGUAUGAUAGGGAAUUUAAUUACACAUUAGAAUUUAAAAUUGACAUUGCGGCAUCCUUGAUUCUAUUAGCAAGAGACCUUAAAACUCAUGUAGUGUCAGCAUUUGUAUUUUUUGAGUUAUUUGUAAUUAUUGAAAAUUUAUACAGGAUAAAUAGGUAUUAUUUUUUGGGGGUUUUUGGUGCUUGUCUUUAUUUUGGGGAUCAGUUUUUUAGAGUGAAUGGGCUGCUUGGAUAUGAUGAAGUUCGUGAUGUAGGUUUAAAGCUGGGGAUAAUUGAUAUUUUAUUUAUUCAUGCAAUGGGAUUAGGAUUAUUUGCGUUUUUCAGAGGCUUAUUUAGUGUCUUAAAAUACAUCAGCCAUAUGCUAUUUGUAAGAAUACCAAAACAGCUUCUCUUGUAUAGCUUUUUAAUUAGUCCAUUGAUUUACUACUAUCCAUGGCCAGUCAUGUCACUUUUUGCUCUUAUAAGCUUAGAAAUCUGCUAUUUCAAGCCAAAAUUCUAUGUAGAAAUGCUUUUUUUCUCUUUCACGUUAUUUAAUUUUACAAUUUUUAAACAAGUAGGCUGGUACAUUGUAAUACAAGAUUACGGAAUAAUUGAAAAGAUUUCUAUAUGAGAUGCCUUUAAUAUUAUUUCCUAUUUAUUUUUGGUGUUUAUUCUUGCUUUUUCGCAGAGGAUACCUAACAUAAAAUACGAUCUUUUAUUUAUCGCAUUUUAUAUUGGCUGCUGUGCUCAAGAUAUUUUAUAUCGCAUUAAUGUCAUUUUAGGCUUUUCUUGCAUUUGGCUAGGAUUUAGGAUUAUUUUCGCUAAAAAAGACAAAAUAAAAGAAUAA